AUGGGAGCUCAAAUGAAACCUCCUCCUGGAAUAGGGUCAUAUUGUUAUAGGAUUCAUAGUAAGAUAUACCACAUGGUUUCUCCUUUAUACAGUGGUCAUAACAAACCAGGUUAUGGUCAGUUAUAUGUGUUUGAUAGCAGUGAAGCCAAUGAAAAACGCAUGGAGAGAAAUGAAGGAUGUUUGUUCUCUGUGAUGGAAAGAUUGGAUUUUAUGUUGACAGCAAUCAAUCCGUUUAUCGAUUGUUAUCUGCAGAUGCAUCGUAUAAUUGAAGAAAAUCAUGCUGCAAAUAUCAGGAUGGUUUUCAGGGAGACAAGAAAUUUAGAUAUACGGAGAUAUAAACAACAUAUUACAAAAACAGAAAUUGCUGCGAUAUUUGCCGGAGAUAAUGGCGUACCACCUGUUAAUCGAGACAUCUGUAUUUAUCCUGUAGGUAAUAGCAGUAAUGGUAAAAAUAUUUCUCCAUUAAACCAAUGUUGUGAUCCCAUAGUCUAUCCCUUACUGUUUCCAAGAGGAGAAUUAGGUUGUCUUCCAGUUACGUCCACUUUGAAUCAGGCAUCACAAUCUUCUUCUGGAUGGUCUGCUGACUUUUUAAUCAGGGCCAUCUUCUUGAUUUGUCCUUAUAAAGCAUUCGUGCCAAACCACCGAGACAUCGAAAGUGAUCACUGCAAAUGA